GCUGCCAAGCCCCCAAUGUCAAUGCUCAAAAGUCAGGAAUGGCGGAAUGAGAUGGCCCCAUCCCCACACACACCAGAGAGACACCUUUUGUUUUUGUCCAAACCCUCAGCCCUCUGUGGCCACCGCAUAAAACAGUGUUCUUGCUGGAUCUUCUGUCGACACCUUUUCCUGUUGGAUUUGGAAAUGAAAUAUGAAAACGAAGACUGGAGCAGUAUUUAAAGUUAGAUAGAUGAGCUCCUUUGGACUGCAAGAACACGCCCAACAAUCUGCACACCAUACUACGAAAAAGACACCAACCUCAGACGCUCUGCUCGUCAAAUCCAUCAGACCUGCUCUGCACUGCCACUUUGAUAAAGCAACCAAAAUAAUGGAUACAAUAAAGAGGAAGUGCCCAUUUUGGUUACCUGACCCCCGCUUGCCCCGCUCUCUGUCCUUCAUCAACUCCUUGAUUUAGCAACCUUCUGUAAUUGGGGAGAGAAAAGUGGCCAAUAAUGCACCGAUUUUCUUCAGCAUUACUGAGAAAUUGGGUGCUUUAGAGAAGACCCACCUGGCUUCAAUCUGUAAUUUGUUUGAUUUUUUUUAUUUGGGUUUCUGUAGUUUGAGUUGCCCAUUUGAAGAACAAUUUAAAGACCGUCGAACAUGAGAUGAUGGCUUCUUAAUCACACGAAUCCCUAUGCAAAUGGGGAAUUUUCUCUUCUAGUUUCUUUUUGUUUGUUCAUCUCGUUCAGAAACAUCGCCUCUUAUUUUAUCUACAAUGAUUGAGUUGCUUUGCUUCAAUAUCAACUAGCAGCAAAACACUCAAGAAACUCUUGCAUAAGUAGACAACUUGAGUAUCAUAAACGUAGAGUGAUCUACCAAGGCCAAAGCCAGGCAAGUUCUAACGCCAUGCCAAAUAGUUUCUUAGCUUCUCAGCAUUAUAAUGGUGAUUUGGUUUCUCCCUUGUCUGUAAUGCCAUUCAAUUCAGAUGGAUCUCUUUGUUUCAUGGAGUCACUCAGCACAUUACAACCUCAAGAAAUGUUGCCAAAUAUCUCACCAAAGCUUGAGGACUUUCUUGGUAGUGCUAAUCAUGGAAGAGAGGCCACAGCUUUGAGCUUAGACAGCAUAUAUUACAAUCAAAAUGAUGGUGCUGAUGCUGUCUCAGAGAGGCAACAUUGUUUGAAUCUUUUUAAGCAACAAGAGCAACAUAUUCUUUUUGGAAUGUUCCAGUUUCCAGCUGAGGAUGCCAACAAGGAGUCUCAUAUUGCAAGCCAUAGCUAUGAAAUUCGACACGCUCUGGAGCAGCGUAUCGAUCGGAUGAGUAGCCAAGACGUAGAGCCUCUUAGCUUGUCAAUGAGUCCUGGUUCUCAGUCUAGUUGUGUUACUGCUCCAACCCAAAAUUGUCAUCCUGGACUAGCCACCAUGGAAACAAAGAAAAGGGGUCUACUUGGUCGAAAGAAGCCGGUGCACCGGAAGUCGAUCGACACGUUCGGACAAAGAACGUCACAGUACAGAGGUGUUUCGAGACAUAGAUGGACUGGUAGAUAUGAGGCUCAUUUGUGGGAUAAUAGUUGUAAGAAGGAAGGCCAAACCAGGAAAGGAAGACAAGUUUAUCUCGGUGGCUAUGAUAUGGAGGAGAAAGCAGCAAGAGCUUAUGAUCUUGCAGCUUUCAAGUACUGGGGACCCUCCACGCAUUUGAACUUCCCGUUAAAGAAUUAUCAAGUUGAAAUUGAAGAAAUGAAGAACAUGAACCGCCAAGAAUAUGUCGCCCAUCUGAGAAGGAAAAGCAGUGGAUUCUCCAGGGGAGCUUCGAUAUACAGAGGAGUAACUAGACAUCAUCAGCAUGGGAGAUGGCAAGCUCGGAUCGGAAGAGUCGCCGGGAAUAAAGACCUCUAUCUUGGAACAUUUGGCACACAAGAGGAAGCAGCUGAAGCAUAUGACAUAGCAGCCAUCAAGUUCCGUGGCACAAACGCGGUUACAAACUUCGACACUUCAAGAUACAACGUAGAAAGGAUCAUGGUGAGCAGCAGCCUUCUUUCAAGAGAGAUAGCAAGACGAAACAAAGAGCACAAACUAACCAACGCAAUCGAGCGCAAAGAACCGACACAAAACAUCGAUCGAAUCGACCCCUCGGAGAUUUCCAACAGCAACAACAUAGAUUUGAGGUCGACAUUCGACGACACGAUGUUGCUGGAUCGAAACACAACCAUUGAAUCCAUAGACCGGAAGUCGGUAACAUCCGGUGGUUACCUAAACCAUCUGAUGGGAGUGGAAACGGCAAUGGGGAAGGAUUCAAGGAAGUUCAGGGCACAUUUCUCCAAUGCUUCAGUUUCUUUGCCUGUUAUGUCAAGUGUUUGGAAUGAUGUCUGAGACAGACAGACAGCUUCUUUCAAUAUCUUUCUUCAAUGUUUAAUGAAUUGUCUUCAAUUCCACUCACUAGUGAGUAUAAUUAGGAGGGAGUCCCACAUUAGUUAAUUUAGGGAAUGAUCGUGAAUUUAUAAGUAAGAAAUACAUCUCCAUUGGUAUGGGCCAUUUUGAGGAAGCUGAAAGCAAAGUCACGAGAGUUUAUGUUAACAGUGGACAUCGUACCAUUGUAGAGAGUCACGAUUCCUAACCAUCAACAUCAUGAUCUAAUCCACCUUAUUUUUCUCGAAUCUUUUGGCUCAGAAUG